AUGACAACCUUGUUUCUAUUCAACUUCAUCCAACUUUUUUUCUUUACGAAUGGAUUAAUAUCUAAUUCACCUUCUCAACAACGAAUCUUUUGUGUUAUUAAAACUUUCGAUGGAAAUUUAGCAACACGAGCUUCCACUGUUCAUCAAACAUGGGCAAGUCGUUGUGAUAAACAUGUAUUUUUAACAGCAGCAAAUCUUACGAAAUGGAACAAUACAUUACUACCUAUUCUUAAUCUACACGGUGUUAGUGAUAAUUACAUGGAGUUAAGUGUCAAAGUAUUUGAUGCACUCAAUCAUAUAAUUCAGGUACCACAGCCAUAUGAUUUUGAUUGGCUAUUCAUAGCUGAUGAUGAUACCUAUGUUAUUAUGGAACAUUUACGUGAAUUACUUCAGCAUAGUAGUCGACCAUUAGCUUUUGGUCAUUUAUUUGUACCUAAAAAUGGAGCAACUAGUCAUUUGAGUGGUGGUGCAGGUUAUGCAAUUAAUACAGCUGCGCUGCGACGAAUGCUACCUAAUUUACAAACGAGUUGUGCAGACUGGUAUGUUCCUGGUAUGGAAGAUGUCUAUGUAAGUCGAUGCUUACAACAUUUAAAUGUGUCGCUUGACGGUGCUAUUGAUGGUUCUCAUCAUCGAUUUUAUCCUUUAGAAUUUGUUACAAUGUAUAAGAUGGAACUUCCACAAUGGUUUUCAGAUUACAAUUCAUUAGAAUCUUAUCCGGGCUUUGAUUGUUGUUCGUCGAAAUCGAUUAGUUUUCAUUAUAUGAAACGAGAAUGGAUGCAUUUGAUUGAAUGGGCGCUUCGUGUAUACUCAAUAAUGGAUGGAGCAGCUGGUAACCUAGGUGAUGGCGGAUUUGAUCCAUGCGAAUGCAUUAACAUGAUUCAAAUGAAUCAUGAACGUGUUAUGAAUCGUCUAACUGAUAUGCUACGUAAUGCACAAACAACAUGUACUGACACAGAAUGUUUUACCGGUCCAAUACCUGGUCUACCAAAUACUGGUGGUAAUACGGGAAUGAGCAAUAUGUAUAUAAUGUUAGCUAUAUGGUUUGCUAUUGCUCUAUUACUAUUUCUUUUUCGACCACGUACUCUACGGAAUAAUCGCGAUACUCUUGGCAAACCAAAUAAUCAGAAUCCUCAUAAUAAUGGUCAAGAUCCUCCAGCACCAGAAGUUCAAUAG